GCGAAAUCGUUUGGACACAGCGAGCGCCCGUGAUACCGAUAGGAGCCGUGAUAGUAACCUUCGCAGCGCGGUGCGCGGGUGUAUUGUGCGUUCGUGAUCAAGGCCCGAAGACUGUCCUUGCUUUGGGAGGUAGGCGGCAGUCCGGAGAAGAACACAGCGCACAAGGUUUAGCUAUAUCUGCCAGGUUCAACCUGGUGAUCCUCUCAUAAUCGCGGCAGGUGGUAAGCGGGGCCCUAGAACUACCCAGGCGCCCUUGCAUUACAAUAAUGGGGAAAGGUUUUAACAACUUCAUGUGCAAGAAAUUUUUUCAUCCUGGCUCAAUUGACAACUUGAAAAGAGUAUGGAUGGCCCAGCAGAAAACUGAUGCUGAAAAAAAGAAGCAAGAAGAACUGAAAUCUCAGUACGAUAAGGAGCAGGAGUUGUACAACAAUAAAGCUCUUCUUGCCAAGGGAGAAAACAAGGAGAAACUGAGCUUGAACUUCAUGUAUGAGCCUCCAGCUGGUAUGAAAAAGGAGCGUGAAAGAGAAGAUGGUGAACCUGAGUUCAAGUUUGAGUGGCAGAGAAAAUACAAUGGGCCAAGAGAAAGCUACUUAUCAAAAGAUGAUGACACAAUAAGGGAUCAGCCAUUCGGCAUCCAGGUCAGGAAUGUCAGGUGCAUCAAGUGCAAGAAGUGGGGUCAUAUCAAUACAGACAAGGAGUGUGAGCUGUAUACUGCCCCAUGGGAAUUGACAAACCCCACCACAUCCACAGACCCUCUUGAGCUGAUGCGUGGCAUGCGAGAUGGUGGUCUGGCCCUUAAGGCAGGUGUUGUUGAGGGAACUGCACCAAUUCCUGUUCAUCAGCUGGUUCCAUCUGGUGAUGAGGCAGGUCAGCAAGAGAGUGAAGAGAUGCAGUUCAUUAAAUCAUUGUCUCAGAAGCAAAAGCAAAAGUUACUCAAGAAACUGUGCAAGCUGGAGGAAAAGAAAAAAAGAAAGCAUAAGACCAGUUCAAGGAAGGCAUCACAUGCCUCGGACACAUCCUCAGAGAGUGAGGAAGACAGAAGUAAAGAGACUAAAGCUGAAAGGAAGACAGCAAAAUCAAAAAAGAAAAAAAGCAGCAGACAAGAUGAUGGAAAAUCAAAGCUGAGGAGGCAUGACUCUGAAGAGGAUGAGAGGAGACACAAAGGCUUGAAGAGCAGGAGGGAUGGGUACCAUGUCAAACACCACAGUGGGGAUAUCAAAAGAGAGGCCAGAAGAUCUAGAGACAGAAGAUGAUCAUUCCAUUUGUUGUGUUCUGUUUCCACAAACCACAGAUCAUUCAAGAAUGCUAACAUCUGGUGUUUCAUCACAUUUUCUUUGCCCAAUGUAUAAUGCCUAUUGUCUGAUAGCCAAUAGGAGUGCUGGUUUAUCAUAAAGUUGACACAUGUGAUAUUUGUGAUGUUGCCUUAUGGUCUAUAAAAAAAACAUUUUGUAUAGGUUAAUGACUGGUACAGCAAAACUUAGAUGAUGGCAAUGCCCUUGGUUUCUCUGUUGUUGCUAUCUCCUGUACUAAUAUGUGUGCAUAAUGCAUGCAUGUAUGUGAUGAUAUGUGGAUAUGUAAAUAAAACAGCCAUUUUUUUUGUUUU